CAGGAAAAACUCUGUUCAUUUGGAAUAAAAUUUUCUUCCUACAAUCCAAAAAAGCGCCCGAAUCGUUCCUCGACUCUCCUGGAAAAACUCUGUUCUUUUGGAAUAAAAUUUUCUUCCUACAAUCCAAACGCCGGAAAUUUACACCGAGACGAGAUACACAAACAGUUGGGCCCACUUCUGCCUUCACAUAUCCCAGAUUCCCAAUACUAGAAUCGGACGACUCCCUCACGAUUUUGUCUCGGGAGAAUUUUGGGAAAAUUCGGUGAGUCAUUGCAAGUGAAAAACUCUCUUUCGACGAAUUUUCUUCCCUCUUCGUUGAACUGAAGAUAAUACAGCCAGAAUAAACCCUUAAUAAUCAUUAGACCUUCCGUUCUAUUCGGAGGAAGGGUUUUUGGGAGUUUGAAGUGUGGCUUUGUUAACUGAGACCUGGGAUUGGUUUAAUGGAAUGUCAUUGGGUUUUGGUACUAUUGAGCAACUUGGAGAUGAAUGUAUUGUUUAAGUGUGAUCUAUAACAUCUGCUGGGUUGUGUGAAGGAUUAAAAUUUGAUAUAAGGGAAAAUGUAUGGCAGAACAGGUUUAGAUAGAUUUAAGAAAGCUCAGUCAGUGGAGCCUUUUUCAGUUACCCUUAAUUCAGCUUCUAAGGCAACUUCUCAGAAAUCUGUAAAAACUGUUGCGGAGCCUUUGGUUGGGUCUCAGCUGCAAACCCAAGUUAAACAGCAGAACCAGGGUGUUUCGAAUAGGCCAGUAGAGCCGGAAUCAACAGCUCAACAUGUGACUCAAGUGGGAGGGGGGCUAUCAAAUUGGCAACCUCCUGAUUGGGCUAUAGAGCCACGGCCAGGUGUUUUCUUUCUUGAGGUUGCAAAAGACGGUGUAGUACUUGAUCGUAUCAAUUUGGAUAAGCGAAGGCAUCUUUUUGGGAGGCAAUUUCCUGUAUGUGAUUUCGUACUUGAUCAUCAGUCCGUAUCUAGACAACACGCUGCUGUCAUUCCACAUAAGAAUGGAAGCAUAUAUGUUAUUGAUCUGGGUUCUGCUCAUGGCACGUUUGUUGCUAAUGAACGCUUAACCAAAGAAAACCCCGUUGAGCUCGAAGUUGGACAGUCUUUGCGGUUUGCUGCAUCGACAAGAAGUUAUAUCUUGAGAGAGAACAAGGCAGCACUUUUUCCUCCCUCUCCACUACCCACAGAGAUCAAUCUACCUCCUCCUCCCGAUCCUUCUGAUGAAGAAGCAGUUGUAGCUUAUAACACGAUUUUAAAUCGUUAUGGUCUGUCAAAACCCACCAGUUCAGGAAAUUCGUCCGUUGGGAGUGAUGAAAGCUCCAAGUUAGAGAGACUGGCUAAGAAAAUUAAGAAGGCAAGAGUUACAUUCAGGGAUCAUGUCGGGGGACAGUUGGUGGAAGUUGUUGGAAUGUCAGAUGGUGCAGAUGUUGGAACGGAGCCUGGUCCUUUGGGUGUCAAAGAAGGAAGUCUUGUUGGGAAGUACGAAUCUCUUAUACAAACAACCAUAAUUCCUAAAGGGAAGCAGCAAAUUUCAUCUGGAGAAGAAAAGGUUUCUAGUAAAGGUGUCACAGACAAGCUACAACAAGUAUUGAACAAGGUCAAAGCUACAACAAAAACUGGAGGAAUGUAUGAUGAUCUUUAUGGAGAAUCCUUCUCAGGUAAAGUGGGAUCGUCGUGGGCAUAUACUUCUGAUGGUGCUGGUAAUAGUGAAGCUGGUUCAACAAAAGGUAAUGAAGGAAAUUUAGUUGCUGUCUCGAGCAGUAAAACUAAUGCUAACUUGGGGUACGACAAUGAUGAUUUAUUCGGUGAUUUAUUGGAUUGAGUUCAGUACCUGCUAAGCCUCGGUUGCUGUCUUUCAUGCAUAAUGACAUUACUGGAAUUGAAGACAUUGCGGAUGAAGAUACGCGAGGUUAUUGUUUUGUACAUGGAAUUUUUCCCUGUAAUUCCUUUUGGUCUUGUUUUUGUCCCUUUAAAAGAUAUGGUCACAUGGUGCGCCAUUAAUGGGUUCAAGUGUAACAUGGACAAUGUUGAGGUGGUCUGUGCAAUUAAAUUUCUCACUAAUGGAAAAAUUGCAAAAAUGCGAAAGAGAUGCACAAGUAAAUU